UCUCUGGGGGAUUGGGGUUUGUAAUCGGAAGUGAUGAGGGAAAAACACAUUGGCGCGCGUAGGCCAUCACCAAACCCUUCUGCAACCGUUCCUUCCCCCUCUUCCAUUCCUCUCCUCUCAACCGUUAACCAGGACCAACACACCGCAACCGUCUUCGACAGCGACGGCGACGACAACGUUCCGAUGACGCCCGAUCACCGUCCCGAACCCGAACCUGUAGACCUAUUUGACGAGGACAUUUGCAUCGGUUGCGAUCAAAGCGAGGGGACAUUGUUGGUUUGCAGCGAGAAGGGUUGCCCCAUUGCAAUCCACGCCAGCUGCAUCGGUUCCGAACCCAAAUUCGAUGCUUCUGGAAGCUUCUACUGCCCUUAUUGCUGGUACAAGCGCGCAGUUAAUGACUGUCGACAGUUGAGGCAAAAGGCCAUGAUGGCCAAGGAAGCUCUCACAAGCUUUCUCGAUAGUAAACCCCAAUUAGUGCGUCAAGAUGAUGGCGAGGAGCACGUUGCUGAACCGGGAGUGCCUCCGGUUCCGGCUCAGGAUAUGAGCCGGGAGGAACCGGUAACUGUACCGGAAACGGGUGAAACUGGAGGUUUGGAAGGGAUAGAACGCUGUGAGGAGCACAUUGCUGAACCGGGAAUCCCUCCGGGUCAGGACCUGAAUAGGGAGGAACCGGAAACUGCAUCAGGAAGGCGUGAAAUUGGAGGUUUGGAAGGAAUAGAACGCUGUGAGGAGCACGUUGCUGAACCGGGAGUUCCUCCGGCUCAGGACUUGAAUUGGGAGGAACCGGAAACUGCACCGGGAAGGCGUGAAACGAGGGGUUUGGAAGGAAUAGAACGCUGUGAAACUGCACGUGAAGAGGAAGGAAAGGAGUCUUCCACGGGUAGUUUCAUGAGUGAGACUAAUGAUUCGGAUUAUGAUGCCAGUUUGGUGAAGAAACGCCGGGCUAAACGGAAGGUUGCUGCCGUGAAGAAGUCAUUAAUGGAGAGUAAUGUAGGUGAUGAGAAUGGGGAAGUUAGCAGUACCGGAACUUCAAGGAAGCCUAAGCAACAAGUCAGGAACCGGAUUUUGCUGACUGGAAAGCGAAGAAGGAGAUUAUAUUGGACAGAUGACGAAGAAAAAGCUCUCAAGCAGGAAGGAGUGUUAAAGUUCUCAUUGGAAAAUCAGAAUAUCCCUUGGAGGAAAAUCUUAGAAUUUGGUUGUGGUACAUUUGAUAAGACUCGUGCUCCUUCUGAUCUCAAAGAUAAAUGGAAGAAAAUGAUCUCCAAGCAAGGAUGCAAGUAGAACCGGUGCAUAUAUAUAUCCUUCUCAGAAUAACUCUCUGUGGAAACCUGGUUUCUUACAUGUAACUGAGUGUCUUUGGUCUUAGUAAUAUAUAUUUUAGCAAAAUGUGGGGCAAGGAUAGAAGGUUCUAAUGAAAUCUAAUGACCAUGCAUGUAAUUUAGUUCUAUGUAUAUAAUUGCUGUCACCAGUUAUUUGAGUUUACCUUGCCUAGGGUAAUUGUAAAACCAGGAUAGUUAUGUGACCAGAUGUUAUAUCAUUGCCAAUGGCAGUGAGGGCAAAAAAUUGUAUGCAGAGUUUGGCGAAAGACAUUUGCAAAGUCAUUGUUGACACCUUGGAGUUUUUUCAAGUUAGAAGGGAGAUAUGUGGCUAGUGAUGUGAUGGAAAAUGAAUAAUAAGAUACAGAGAAAUGUAAUUAAGGUAAAAUAAAGGUGUCAAAAAUUAAUGUUGGAAUGUUCA